CCGGACCCAGAGCUUGCAAAAGCUGGAGAGAAAAGGAGGGAAAGGGGAGGAGCGGUGGGCGGGAGGAGGAGCCACGGGAGCUGGGCGCGGAGCGGCGAGCUGAGAUGUGGCCGGCCUGCUGGCGUGUAAACACAGGCAGUAGCAGCAGCCGCGGCCGCCCGGGCCCGGGGCAUUGAGCGCUCUCGCCGAGACCUGCCCGCCGCCGCUGCCAUGGCCGAAGUGCGCAAAUUCACCAAGCGGCUGAGCAAGCCCGGCACAGCAGCGGAGCUCCGUCAGAGCGUGUCGGAGGCCGUGCGGGGAUCCGUGGUGCUGGAAAAGGCCAAGGUUGUUGAACCCCUGGACUAUGAGAAUGUUAUCACCCAACGGAAAACGCAGAUUUACAGCGACCCCCUCAGAGAUCUGCUUAUGUUUCCCAUGGAAGACAUAUCUAUCUCAGUGAUUGGUCGUCAGCGCAGAACAGUGCAGUCUACUGUACCAGAAGAUGCUGAAAAGAGGGCCCAGAGCUUAUUUGUCAAAGAGUGUAUUAAGACCUACAGCACUGAUUGGCAUGUGCUGAACUAUAAGUAUGAAGACUUCUCUGGAGACUUUCGUAUGUUGCCUUGCAAGUCUCUGAGACCAGAAAAGAUCCCUAAUCAUGUGUUUGAGAUUGAUGAAGACUGUGAGAAAGAUGAGGAUUCAUCUUCUUUAUGUUCUCAGAAGGGUGGUGUGAUAAAACAAGGUUGGUUGCAUAAAGCUAAUGUAAAUAGCACCAUCACAGUAACCAUGAAGGUGUUCAAGAGACGGUAUUUUUACUUGACUCAACUUCCUGAUGGUUCAUAUAUUCUCAAUUCUUAUAAAGAUGAGAAAAAUUCCAAAGAGUCUAAAGGUUGCAUCUACUUGGAUGCCUGCAUUGAUGUUGUUCAGUGCCCCAAAAUGCGCCGUCAUGCUUUUGAACUCAAGAUGUUAGAUAAGUAUAGCCAUUAUCUGGCGGCUGAAACGGAGCAGGAAAUGGAGGAAUGGUUGAUAACGUUGAAGAAGAUUAUUCAGAUCAAUACUGACAGUUUAGUGCAAGAGAAAAAGGAGACAGUGGAAACAAUACAAGAUGAUGAAACUAGCAGCCAAGGAAAAGCCGAAAACAUCAUGGCCAGUUUGGAAAGGAGCAUGCAUCCGGAGCUGAUGAAGUAUGGCAGAGAAACAGAACAGCUGAACAAACUCAGUAGAGGAGAUGGAAGACAGAAUCUCUUUUCUUUCGACUCAGAGGUUCAGAGGUUGGACUUUUCAGGGAUUGAGCCGGAUGUAAAGCCAUUUGAAGAAAAGUGCAACAAGCGUUUCCUGGUGAAUUGCCAUGAUUUAACUUUCAAUAUCUUGGGUCACAUUGGAGACAACGUGAAAGGACCACCCACAAAUGUCGAGCCCUUUUUCAUCAACCUUGCCUUAUUUGAUGUAAAGAAUAAUUGUAAAAUUUCAGCCGACUUUCAUGUGGACCUGAACCCGCCCUCUGUACGGGAAAUGCUGUGGGGCACCUCUACCCUACUGGCCAAUGAUGGGAGUGCAAAGGGCUAUUCACCAGAGUCUCUGGUCCAUGGAAUUGCCGAGUCGCAGUUAUGCUACAUAAAGCAAGGAAUCUUCUCAGUGACGAACCCACAUCCUGAAAUUUUUCUAGUCGUGAGAAUCGAGAAGGUGCUGCAGGGAAAUAUCACACACUGUGCAGAACCCUACAUCAAAAACUCAGAUCCGAUAAAGACAGCGCAGAAAGUACACAGGACAGCUAAACAAGUGUGUAGCCGCCUUGGACAAUACCGAAUGCCCUUUGCUUGGGCAGCCAGACCCAUUUUCAAAGAUAUUCAGGGCUCUCUGGAUCUGGAUGGGAGAUUUUCCCCUUUGUAUAAGCAAGACAGUAGCAAGCUGUCAAAUGAAGACAUUCUCAAGUUGCUAUCCGAAUACAAAAAGCCAGAAAAGACAAAAUUGCAGAUUAUCCCUGGACAGCUGAACAUCACAGUGGAAUGUGUUCCUGUAGAUUUACCAAAUUGUAUUACUCCUUCAUAUGUGCCUCUGAAGCCUUUUGAAAAGAAUUGUCAAAAUAUUACUGUGGAGGUUGAAGAGUUUGUUCCAGAAAUGACAAAAUACUGUUAUCCAUUCACUAUUUACAAAAACCAUCUGUAUGUCUAUCCCUUGCAAUUAAAAUAUGACGGCCAGAAAUCAUUUGCCAAGGCUAGGAACAUUGCCGUCUGUGUGGAAUUCCGGGAUUCUGAUGAGAGUGAUGCAUCUGCGCUAAAGUGCAUUUAUGGCAAACCCGCAGGGUCUGUUUUUACCACAAAUGCAUAUGCUGUGGUCUCACAUCACAACCAAAAUCCGGAGUUCUAUGAUGAGGUUAAAAUCGAACUUCCCAUUCACCUGCAUCAGAAACAUCACUUGCUUUUUACAUUUUAUCAUGUAAGUUGUGAAAUCAAUACAAAAGGAACAACCAAAAAACAGGACACAGUGGAGACUCCAGUUGGAUUCGCCUGGGUACCAUUGCUGAAGGAUGGAAGAGUCUUCACACUUGAACAGCAGCUGCCAGUCUCUGCCAAUCUUCCCCCAGGCUACCUGAAUGUGACUGAUGCAGAAUCAAGAAGGCAAUCAAAUGCGGAUAUCAAGUGGGUGGAUGGUGCAAAGCCUUUGUUGAAGAUUAAGAGCCACUUGGAAUCAACCAUUUAUACACAGGAUCUGCAUGUGCACAAAUUCUUCCAUCACUGCCAGCUAAUUCAGUCAGGCUCCAAGGAAGUUCCAGGGGAGCUCAUUAAAUAUUUAAAGUGUUUGCAUGCCAUGGAGAUCCAAGUCAUGAUACAGUUUCUACCUGUAAUUCUUAUGCAACUCUUCCGAGUUCUCACAAACAUGACCCAUGAAGAUGACGUUCCCAUCAACUGCACCAUGGUUCUCUUACACAUUGUGUCAAAGUGCCACGAAGAAGGUUUGGAUAGCUACUUACGAUCCUUCAUCAAGUAUAGCUUCAGACCUGAAAAACCGAGCACUCUUCAGGCCCAGCUGAUACAUGAAACCCUGGCUACUACUAUGAUAGCAAUAUUGAAACAGUCUGCAGAUUUCUUAGCCAUAAAUAAACUUCUAAAGUACUCAUGGUUUUUCUUUGAAAUAAUUGCAAAGUCAAUGGCCACAUUUUUACUGGAAGAGAAUAAAAUUAAGCUUCCCAGGGGCCAGAGGUUUCCUGAGGCAUACCAUCAUGUCUUACAUUCGCUGCUUCUUGCAAUAAUCCCCCAUGUGACCAUUCGCUAUGCAGAGAUCCCUGAUGAGUCCCGGAACGUGAAUUAUAGCUUGGCCAGCUUCCUGAAGCGCUGCUUGACACUGAUGGAUAGAGGAUUUGUUUUCAAUUUGAUAAAUGACUAUAUAUCAGGAUUUAGUCCUAAAGAUCCGAAGGUUCUUGCUGAAUACAAGUUUGAGUUCCUGCAAACAAUCUGCAAUCAUGAACAUUAUAUUCCUCUGAACCUACCAAUGGCAUUUGCAAAACCUAAACUACAGAGAGUUCAAGAUUCCAAUCUUGAAUACAGUUUAUCAGAUGAGUAUUGCAAACAUCACUUCUUAGUUGGUCUACUUCUACGGGAAACCUCCAUUGCACUUCAAGACAAUUAUGAGAUCAGAUAUACAGCUAUCUCUGUCAUAAAGAAUCUUUUGAUAAAGCAUGCAUUUGAUACUAGAUACCAGCACAAGAACCAGCAAGCUAAAAUAGCGCAGUUGUACCUUCCAUUCAUUGGUCUGCUCUUGGAAAAUAUACAGCGACUAGCAGGCCGAGAUACUUUGUAUUCCUGUGCAGCCAUGCCUAAUUCUGCAUCCAGGGAUGAGUUUCCAUGUGGCUUUGUUUCACCUACAAACAGAGGGAGCCUGGCCACUGACAAAGACAUGGCCUAUGGGUCUUUCCAAAAUGGUCAUGGAAUUAAGAGGGAGGAUUCAAGAGGUUCCCUUAUCCCUGAAGGAGCAACGGGAUUUCCAGAUCCUGGGAGUACUGGUGACAAUACCCGACAGAGCUCUUCAAGGAGUAGUGUAUCCCAGUAUAAUCGUCUGGAUCAGUAUGAAAUCAGAAACCUCUUGAUGUGCUACUUAUAUAUAGUAAAGAUGAUUUCUGAAGAUACUCUCUUAACUUACUGGAAUAAAGUGUCUCCUCAGGAGCUCAUAAACAUUCUCAUACUUCUAGAAGUAUGUUUGUUUCACUUCCGAUAUAUGGGAAAAAGAAACAUAGCAAGGGUACAUGAUGCCUGGCUAUCUAAGCACUUUGGAAUAGAUCGAAAAUCACAAACUAUGCCAGCUCUUCGAAACAGAUCAGGAGUGAUGCAGGCUCGGCUUCAGCAUCUUAGCAGUUUAGAAAGUUCAUUCACACUUAAUCACAGUUCUGUGACGACGGAAGCAGACAUUUUCCAUCAGGCUCUUCUGGAAGGCAAUACUGCUACUGAAGUUUCUCUGACAGUACUGGACACUAUAUCAUUUUUCACCCAGUGCUUCAAGAGCCAACUUUUAAAUAAUGACGGCCACAACCCACUAAUGAAGAAAGUGUUUGAUAUUCACCUUGCUUUUCUUAAAAAUGGACAAUCUGAAGUAUCACUGAAGCAUGUCUUUGCCUCGCUGAGAUCUUUCAUCAGCAAGUUUCCCUCGGCCUUUUUUAAAGGAAGAGUAAACAUGUGUGCUGCAUUUUGCUAUGAGGUUUUAAAGUGCUGUACUUCAAAGAUUAGCUCAACCAGGAAUGAGGCAUCUGCACUUUUAUAUCUUUUGAUGCGAAACAACUUUGAGUAUACCAAAAGGAAAACCUUUUUGAGGACACACUUGCAGAUAAUAAUCGCUGUAAGUCAGCUGAUAGCUGAUGUAGCACUAAGUGGAGGAUCAAGAUUUCAGGAGUCUUUAUUCAUUAUCAAUAAUUUUGCGAAUAGCGACAGACCUAUGAAGGCAACUGCUUUUCCCACAGAAGUCAAAGAUUUGACCAAGAGGAUCCGAACUGUUCUUAUGGCCACUGCCCAAAUGAAGGAGCAUGAGAAAGACCCCGAAAUGCUAAUUGAUCUUCAGUAUAGCUUAGCCAAAUCUUAUGCCAGCACACCAGAACUGAGGAAAACUUGGCUUGACAGCAUGGCCAAAAUUCACAUAAAAAAUGGAGAUUUUUCUGAGGCUGCAAUGUGUUAUGUCCAUGUAGCGGCUCUAGUUGCAGAAUUUCUUCACCGAAAGAAAUUGUUCCCUAGUGGGUGUUCAGCCUUCAAGAAAAUUACUCCCAAUAUAGAUGAAGAAGGAGCCAUGAAAGAAGAUGCUGGAAUGAUGGAUGUUCAUUACAGUGAAGAGGUUUUGCUGGAGUUGCUAGAACAGUGUGUGGAUGGCUUGUGGAAGGCAGAGCGUUACGAAGUCAUUUCUGAGAUCUCCAAGUUGAUCAUUCCAAUUUAUGAGAAACGCCGUGAAUUUGAGAAACUGACUCAAAUCUAUAGAACUCUUCAUGGCGCUUACACAAAAAUUCUGGAGGUUAUGCACACCAAAAAAAGACUUUUAGGUACUUUCUUUAGAGUUGCCUUUUAUGGCCAGUCAUUUUUUGAAGAAGAAGAUGGAAAAGAGUACAUCUAUAAAGAACCCAAGCUCACUGGCCUUUCAGAGAUUUCCUUGAGACUUGUGAAACUUUAUGGUGAAAAAUUUGGUACUGAAAAUGUCAAAAUAAUUCAGGAUUCAGACAAGGUAAAUGCCAAAGAACUUGAUCCAAAAUUUGCUCAUAUACAAGUCACUUAUGUGAAGCCCUAUUUUGAUGACAAAGAACUCACAGAAAGAAAGACAGAGUUUGAAAGAAAUCAUAAUAUCAACAGAUUUGUUUUUGAGGCCCCAUAUACAUUAUCAGGCAAAAAGCAAGGCUGCAUAGAAGAGCAGUGUAAACGCCGGACCAUCUUGACUACUUCAAACUCAUUUCCGUAUGUGAAAAAGAGAAUUUCUAUAAACUGUGAACAACAGGUGAAUUUAAAACCAAUUGAUGUUGCUACUGAUGAAAUCAAAGAUAAAACUGCUGAGCUGCACAAGCUUUGCUCCUCUGCUGACGUGGACAUGAUUCAGCUGCAGCUAAAGCUGCAGGGCUGCGUCUCUGUGCAGGUCAAUGCUGGUCCAUUAGCAUAUGCAAGAGCAUUCUUAAAUGAAAGCCACGCUGCCAAGUAUCCACUUAAGAAAGUGAAUGAGCUGAAAGACAUGUUUAGGAAAUUCAUACAGGCAUGCAGCAUUGCACUUGAACUAAAUGAGAGGCUAAUUAAAGAGGAUCAAGUUGAGUACCAUGAAGGACUAAAAUCAAAUUUCAGAGACAUGGUAAAGGAAUUGUCUGACAUUAUCCAUGAGCAGAUAUUACAAGAAGACACAAUUCAUUCUCCCUGGAUGAACAACACGUUACACGUAUUUUGUGCAAUUAGUGGUACAUCGAGUGACAGAGGUUAUGGUUCCCCAAGAUACACUGAAGUAUGAAGCGAUGUGGAAGGAAAUGGCAAUGAGACUGAACUUUCUCAGGAAUAUUCGGAGCUGUGCAAAUGUUAAAAUGUAGAGAUUUGAUAUGUGCGGAGUGUUUCCUCCUGACACCAAAAUUGUCAUGCUUUCAUACAGGGUGCUUACGUAUUUGUAAAUAUUUACGCAACUUGAAAGUGCCUGGAACAUUGCACCACUGUGCUUGGUUUGUACUUUUUUAGGUAAAUCUAUAUGCUGAAAAGUAGAGUUCAAAACCAUUCAUUCAAUUUGCUUAAUUACUGAUUAAUAAUAACGAGACUAUGUAAAAUUGUAUAAUGGAACCCAAUAAAAGGUAAAACUUAUUUGUAAUUCGAAGUGAAGGAAAUAAUGCUUUGAAUUUAGCAUUGUUCUUGAUAAGAACUUGAACUUAUUAUCCUAUGAAUCCUUGGGGAAGAAAACAAUUUAAA